GUAAGUCGAGAGACCAAAACUGGCGGAGUUCCUGGCGGAGUUUCCACGGCUCUGGCGAUGGGAGUACCGAACGUUCCGAUAAUCGUAUGGCGCUGUGUCGAGGAAGUGGAAAGAAGAGGCCUCGAUAUCAUUGGUUUGUACAGACUCUGCGGUUCGGCUACUAAGAAGAGGAUACUUAGGGAAGCUUUCGAAAGGAACGCGCGCUCGGUGAAUCUAUCACCCGAUAAUGUGCCAGAUAUCAAUGUUAUUACUGGCGUGCUUAAAGAUUAUCUACGAGAACUUCCAGAACCUCUCUUCACGAAGUGCCUCUACCAAAUGAUGGUCGAUGCACUGGCCGUCUGUUUGCCGGACGACCCACAGGGCAAUGCUAAGCUCAUGUUCAGUAUACUAGAUUGCCUGCCUAAAGUUAAUAGGUGCACGUUGAUUUAUUUGUUGGAUCACCUGGCGAUGGUAGUGUCGCAAUGCAAUAAGAUGUCACCAGCAAGUCUCGCCGUUUGUUUCGGUCCGGUGUUGAUGUUACAUUCAGAAGAAACCGGACCGUCGCUAGAUUUUCAACAACCGAUUGCUGUGCUAAAAUAUUUACUGGAGAUAUGGCCAGUAAAGUCAGUGUUUUGGAAAAAUCUCAAGAAAGGCUAUAACAAUACGCAAUAA